AUGGCGUCAGUGCUAACAACUACAGGCGGAGACGAAUACGUCGGGCGAGUCGCCGAAGUUAUUGCCGCGGCAUUCUCCAACUCCAUCUUCACGGCUUAUCUUCAUCGAACGUCGGAGUCAACAUGGCCGUCGACACAAGUUCCAAUCGAGAUUCUCAGACCUUAUUUUGAGAAGAGUAUUGCUCAUCGAGUGUUGCACGGUGCAGAAUUGGUGGAGGCCGGAAAUUGGGCAGCCGUUGCAGUGUGGGUGCCUCCAGGAAUUAGCAUCCCUGCAAGCGGUGCUCUCGAUCCGAGAAUCCAUGAAUAUCGAGAUCGGUUUGCAGAAGUCAAGAAAGAGUACAUGCAAGACCGGCAGUAUUGGUAUCUCAAUCUAAUCGGCAGACAUCCGGAUCGUACUGAGCCAGGUGUUGUUCGCGCUUUGAUCGAUCCUUAUCUACACAGAGCCAGAGCGGCCGGUAUUCCGGUCUGGCUCGAAGCGAUUAGCGAGCAUGGACGGCAGGUGUAUGAGCAUCUUUCGUUUCGGACUGUGGCCGAGGUUCGAUUGGGAGUGGGAAAGGUCAAUGGGAAUGGCGAGCUGGAUAAGAAGGGGGAGGGACUGGUGGUUUUCGGCAUGAUGGCCGAGUAG